ACCAGCAGCAUCGGCCUGGGCAGCCUUCCUGGAAAGAUGCAGCCUCUUGUGCUCCUGCUGGCCUUUUUACUGCCCCCCAGGGCAGAGGCAGGGAAGAUCAUCGGGGGACAUGAGGCCAAGCCCCACUCCCGCCCCUACAUGGUGUUUGUUCAGAUACUGGUGAAGGAGACAAUGAAGAUGUGUGGUGGUGCCCUCGUGCGAGAGGACUUUGUUCUGACAGCUGCUCACUGCUGGGGAAGCUCAAUCAGUGUCACCCUGGGGGCCCACAAUAUCCAAAAGCGGGAGAGGACCCAGCAGGUCAUCCCCGUGAGAAGAGCCAUCCCCCACCCAGACUUUAAUCAUAACAACAUGUCCAACGACAUCAUGUUACUAGAGCUGGCAAGAAAGGCCAAGCAGACUGUAGCUGUGAGGCCCCUUAGCCUGCCCUGGAGCAAGGCCCAGGUGAGGCCCGGACAGGUGUGCAGUGUGGCCGGCUGGGGGAGUGUCACCCCAAUAGGCCCAACCUCAGACACUCUGCAGGAGGUGGAGCUGACCGUGCAGGAGGACUGGGAAUGCGAGUCCCGCUACCCCGGCGUUUACAGCGGGGCCACCCAGAUUUGUGUAGGAGACCCGAAGGAACAGAAAUCUUCCUUUAAGGGGGACUCCGGGAGUCCUCUCAUAUGUAAGAACGUGAUCCAGGGCAUUGUCUCCUACGGACGAACUGACAGGACACCUCCAGCGGCCUACACCAAAGUCUCGAGUUUCCUGCCCUGGAUAAAGAAAACCAUGAAAAGCCUCUAACUGCAGGAACCAGACCAUCUUCUCUGGAGCUCAUCCAGAAUCACACCAGCAACUAA